UCGGGGGCCUGAAAGCUUUCGGUGCUGGCCAAAAUGUUUGUUGUUGUUGUUGUUGUUGUUUUUAGACGGGUUAGCCACGCGUGUGCUUGUGUGUGUGGUGUCUCUGUUUUGGAUCUCGGUGUCUCUGUGAUUCCGCUGCUGCUGCUGCUGCUAGUGCUGCUCUGCUCUGCUCUGCUAUCAACUCCGAAUCCGAAAAAUCCAGUUCCAGUUUAUCCCCAGCAGGCAGCAUGUGCGGACGUAGUGCUGCUCCUGCUGCCACAUUUUCUUAUCGCGUUCGCGUGCUUUCCACCUGAGCAUCCGCCGGCUUAUCGUGUUUGUUUAUCGAACGCAGAUUGAAAUCGGAAACUCCAGAUAUCGAAGUUAAUUUCUGUGAACAGUGUUUGUCCAAGAUCAAUUAAAGACAUCAUAAAAUUCCAUAACGAAAGGAUAAUGUGCUUUAAAGUGAAUUUUAAUAGUGAAAUAUUGUUAUAAAGUUCUCAAUCAAAAUACAAAUACAUCUGGCGUACGUCGACAAGGCAAAUUUUAUCCCACGGUUUCGUAAAAUGCAUUUCGAGUCACAAUAACACUUCCACCGAUUUACACCCCGAAUUGCGUUGAUCUGAAUCUUUAAAAAUGGGCGAUACUCUAGACGAAACGCCGCCCGCGCGACGCGACAAACCGCAGACAUUGAACAUUGGUCAUGAGGAGGAGGGUAUCGCCUCCGCAUCCGCUACCACACCCUCAUCCUCCAUCGUUAUACCCGCUUCCCGAAUACCACGGAAUCGGCUACGUCACGCGGAUCGGGAUCAGAUACGUGAUCACUCGAGCGACGGUCUGGUUUCGAGUGGCGAACGCCGGGACGAAUUUAUGGGCCUCGAUGCCCAGCCGCGUCGCGAGAGUUUGAAUAGUUGUGAAGCCGGCAGUCCAAUGGCCAUGUCCUCCAGUCCUGGCAAGGCGGGAAGGCUCAACAGUUCCAGGUACCCGUCCGGCGCCACUGGCGGCGGCAUCGGCGUCAGUGUCCUGGGUGGUCUGGUUGGCACCACCACCCGCAAGUGCGUCCUGACGCUGGACGGGUACUCCUAUGUCAUAGUUGCCAGCACGCCGGAGAGUUUGCCCAGCAAGAGGGACGAGGCAAGUGUUGGGGCGGGCACCACUGGCGGCACAAGUGGAGCGGCAUCUAGCAGCAGUGGUGCAGCAAGCGGUGGAGCAAGUGGUUCAGGUGGACCCACAACUGGAGCUGGAGCUGGAACUGGAGGAGCAGGUGGUGUCAGUACGCCAGCACAAGAAGCCGUCAGCCCGACGGUCUCCGAGCUCAGUGGCAGCGGCACAAAUGCGACAAUAAAUGGUCAAGUGGCAAGACACGGCUCACUGACGAUUAUCCGACGCACAAAUAGCCGCAAUUUCACCCAAAACGACCCCCAACUGGCAUCGCCCUCAACCACCGCCUCCAGCAGCACAGUCCCAGGAAUUGGCUUAGCCCAGACGCCGCUCAGUGAACCUCUUGCCGAGCGGCUGAGUUUCCGUUCCGGUAGCAACGGAUCAGCGUCCGUCGGCGAUAGCCGAUCAAGCAAUCAGGGCCCAUACUGUGGACCAUCCGCCAACGCCAACGCCGCCAACGUAAAAAUGCAGCCAUCAUCGCCGAAUGCCACCAACUAUACGGCCGACAACAUUCAAAUCACGUCGGUCAAUUUAUCGCAAACCGAAAUUGUCGCGGGUCGCGAUUCGACGGACUAUACCACCGUGCAUUCGCUUAACGCCGGUGCCGGCACUUCGUUCCUGCGUGGGGAAACCGAUAAUCCGCAGGAGUCCGGACACUCCUUCGAAACGACUUCGAAUACAUCGUUCGUUGCCGGGCAAUGGGAUACGGAGAGUUUGCCGCCAGUCGACACGCCAGAUGCCCUUAACAAAGCGGCCGGGAGAAUACGCAGUCUUCUCCGCCGCAUGGAUCAUGAGACCGUCGCUUACGAGGAUAUGCAGCGCAAUCUGCAUUAUGCGGCUCGUGUACUCGAAGCCGUCUUCAUUGACGAAUCAAGAAGCCCCACAACAGGUAAAACAAAGUUGGGGCAGAUUGCGUCCUCAUCCGUUGAGAGCGAAGAAGAGGGCUGCAAUGGCAAUUGCAAGAAUCUGAACUGCAGUCGCCACAGCCACGGCCGGGAUGACCAGCAGCAGGAUAACAAUAACUCAAAUAGCAGUUGUAGCCUGCAGGAGGGUGCUCCUGGGGGAGCAGGUGCAACACAAGCGGGUGACAACCAAGACAGCAUAGAAAGUCGCACCAAAGGCGUUUCCCUCGCACCGCAGACACAUAGUGGACCAACAGGUCCUCCAGCCUCGACAGAAACUAGCUCUGCCACCCCACCUGCCUCCAAAUUGCAGCCAGCUCUUGAAACCGUAAGAGAAUCAGUGAUGGAGGAGAGUCCAUUGAAAGACCCGGGGGAAAAGGCAGCACCGCAGCCAACCCCGGAACCAAGUGCCAAGGCGGCGGAGAGUUCACUGACCAGUGGCAGCGGCAGCAGUGGCAGUUGCAGUAACCCAGCGACCGUGCACCGGCAACGGCGCCUAAGGACACCCACCUGGGCCAGGUCCAUGUCGACGAACAAAACGCGCCUGGCGGAUGAGGACGAUGAGCUGUCGGAGGUGCAGCCGGAUGCAGUGCCUCCGGAAGUGCGCGAGUGGUUGGCCUCGACCUUCACCCGCCAAAUGGCCACCAGCCGUCGCAAAAGCGACGAGAAGCCCAAGUUCCGCUCGGUGGCCCACGCCAUCCGUGCGGGCAUCUUUGUGGACCGCAUGUACCGCCGCGUCUCCAGCUCGGCCCUCACGGCCUUCCCACCGGACGUGGUCAGGCUGCUUAAGAACCUGGACGACUGGACAUUCGACGUGUUCGCCUUGACGGAGGCGGCCAGCGGCCAGGUGGUGAAGUACGUGGCCUACGAGCUGUUCAACCGCUAUGGGUCGAUCCACAAGUUUAAGAUUGCGCCUGGGACCCUAGAGGCAUUCCUUUACCGUGUGGAGGAGGGCUACUGUCGGUAUAGGAACCCGUACCACAACAACCUGCACGCCGUGGACGUGAUGCAGACGAUCCACUACUGCCUGUGCAACACGGGUCUGAUGAACUGGCUGACGGACCUGGAGAUCUUCGCCUCGCUGCUGGCUGCCCUGCUCCAUGACUACGAGCACACGGGAACCACCAAUAACUUCCACGUGAUGUCGGGAUCGGAGACGGCACUGUUGUAUAACGAUCGGGCUGUCUUGGAGAACCACCAUGCCAGCGCCAGUUUCCGACUACUUCGCGAGGAUGAGUACAACAUCCUGUCGCAUUUGUCGCGAGAAGAAUUCCGCGAGUUGCGCGGUCUCGUUAUUGAAAUGGUUCUGGGCACCGACAUGACCAAUCACUUCCAGCAGAUGAAGGCCAUGCGCCAGCUGCUGACGCUCCAGGAGGCGACCAUUGACAAACAGAAAGUCCUGUCCCUGGUACUCCACUGCUGUGACAUUUCGCAUCCCGCGAAGCAGUGGGGUGUUCACCAUCGCUGGACGAUGCUCCUGCUGGAGGAGUUCUUCCGACAGGGUGACCUGGAGAAGGAGCUGGGCUUGCCUUUCAGUCCGCUGUGUGAUCGCAAUAACACGCUGGUUGCCGAGUCGCAGAUCUGCUUCAUAGACUUUAUCGUGGAACCUAGCAUGGGCGUCAUGUCUGACAUGUUGGAGCUGAUCCUGGCCCCCAUUGCGCCGUUGAACAAAUCCAAGCCAUCGACCUUAGUGGAGCACGAGGCGACGACCUCGUCGGUUGUUAUCCCUCCCUCCGGGAUCACACCAAGCAUGGAUAAGCCUCAAAGUCGCACCGAGGCCAAGACCACCGCUGCCGAGUGUCUCGCCCGCAAGAGUGUCACUGGCACCACUGGUUCCAAGUUUAACAUACCGAAGCCGUGGCUAACCUGUUUGGUGGAGAACAAGCGGAUUUGGAAGGAGCAGGCCGUUAAAGAUGCUGAGGCCCGAGCUUUGGCCACCGCCGCAGAAGAAGCCGCAGCCGCGGCAGCAGCGGCGGCGGAAGAGGAAGAAAACAAGCCAGCUGCGGCGGAAGCGGAAACGGAAACGGCCGAUGGCGAGCAAACUGAGGCAACGGCGGAGCCGGCAGAUGGCGCGACCGCCUAAAUCUGGCACAACGCCACCUGUCGGGCGACAGCAAAAAAAAAACAGAAAACAAAAUACAGAAGGAUACUUGGGAACGAAUACGGAUUGUUAUACUGAAAGAAACUGUGGAACGAACGGCUCCAAGGAAAUUAAUUUACUAAGCUUAGAAGCAGCCUAGAAUACUAAUAACAAACCGCUUCAGAUGCGCUCUCUAUGUGAAUUGUGGUAGAGUUAGACUAACGUACAUCAUCUAUAUAGGCUUAGUUGCGGUACAUUAAUAUAAAUGUAUAAAAAUACUGUAUACUUUGUUGUUGCAAGCGGGAAAACAAAACAAGAGAAAACUUAAGAAAAUAUUAGGGCCAAGCACAAAAAAAAACAAACAAAAAAAAAAGAGUAGAUGUAAAUAGCGAAGAGUUCAACUGAAAUUUGUUGUGAAUUUGUUGGUUCGUUGCGAGCAUUUAUACCUAGACUUGACUUGAGUUGUACUUGUCUUUUAUUAGUUUUAGUCAAAUGUGGAAUUUAUUGUAUGAUUUCUAUAAGUUCGAUGUAUGCAAUUUCGUUCUAAUUAAAUACAUAUAUUUUUGUAAACCUUUCCAUUUAUUAUUUUCAACUUGUUUAUUUUUGUGUGUUGUUUGCAUUUACCAAGCAUUCGAAUUGCUCAAUUUAAAGAGUGGUUUUCGCAAAAGGGACGACAGGCUCUUCUAGGGCUGUCUAGAUAUUAAGUACCUAACUAAAAACUAAACCAAAAAAUACCUGACAACUUAGCUAUACGACUUGUAUAUACUCUCCACUAACCCCUAACAGACUUUCCCUUAAACCCAAAACGAAAGCAAAGGAUUUCUAAAACUUUCCACUCCACAAAUGCACAUAGCUACCUAUACGAGGAUAUUUAGGAUAUUUAAUAUGUAUUUUUAAGGAUAUAAUAGUCACGUUUCUACAAACAUAUUUAUUUUUAUACAUGAGAGUGCGGGACGGAAAGUGAAAGGUCGAGGAAGAGGACGAGGGCUUGAGUCACAGGAGGUUUUGAUUUCGUUUCGUUUCGAUUUUCUUUUCUUUAACCAACUUAAAAUGUUUUCAAACGUUUUUCAAAAUGUCUGAUAGCGGGACCAUUCUUUUAAGAUUUACCACUGCUCUUUACCAUUUGAGCAGGAGCAAGGGCACGAAACAGGGGAAAACCAACCGGAAAUGAAGAGAAAGCGAAAUUGUCAAAGUCAAAGGGCAGUGGUAAAAGUGCUUAGCAGUAAGGUACCAAAUUAUCAGCUGAAAUUGGGAUCAUAGCUUUAUUAAGGUAGUCGAUAAAUGUACGAAAAAAUACGUGGUGCAGAUGUGUAUAGCGAAGAGAGGCAGCAUACUAGCAUGUCUACUAGUACUAGCCACAAAUUAAAAACAAACACAAACAGAAAACAGAACAAACGUACACAGCAGAUUAAUCUACUCCUAACCAUUAAUGGGAUAAAUAUAGCGAAAGAAUAUCUAUUAUGUGAACGUAAAUAUUAUUAAACAAACAAUGUAUGUUAAUGUAUAUCAAACUUGAACGCUCAAAGCGAUGCGCAUAUAUACAUAUAUUGUAUAUCGUAUAAAUAUAGCGACCUCUCUAAAAAUCUGUACAAAGUCCUGAUUAAUCUAGCGUUAGUUGCUGUAACACAGGCUGCAGACCCUCAACCAAAAGCAAAGUUGUUAUUUAUCUCUGUUGGAAAACUAAGCAAAAUACAGAAAUACUAAUCGAACGUAUGCAUAUGGAUAUAUAUGGGGUUUACGAUUCAAUGUUAUUAGCAAAAAGUAGUAGUAGUAUCAUAAACACACAUAUUAUAGUUCCAGCCGAUGUGCAAGUUUGUUACCAAGAAUUUUUGGGAUGUUAAGUCCUAUUAAGUCCCUUAGCUGAUGAAACAACAUGGAAUAUAAACACUUGCGCAUACAAUAUAUAAGUUGAAAGCAAUCAUUACAUUUAAAUAAUAUAAACUAUUUAAAUAUAAACCCCCUAAUAAAAAUAUAUAUAUAAAAUAAAUACAUUUUGUGUAAAUACCACUUGCACAGGAUGCAAAAAUAUGUAGAAUAUUAGCAGAAUGCACUUCUAACUAAAAGAUAAACCUAAUAAAAUAGCCAACCCACACCACCCACAGAAAAUAACAACCAAAACCGAAGUCACAUAUAUUACUGAGAUCUGUAAAUAACUUUGUUUCAUCUGUUCAUUUCUAGACCAGUUAUUUAUAUAUCGAAUAAGCAAACUAAUUGUGUACUUUACAAGUUUUCGCAAAACAAAAUCCUACUAAUGAAACGUUUUUAAUUUUCCUACUAUGUUAAACUCAACAUUUAAUAUGCAUAAACUAACGGCGAUGGUAAAAAAAAACAAUGCAAAAAAAUAUUUGAGAAAAAGGAUUAUGGCUGAGAUGUAUGCUUAUUACGAAAUACUUUCAAGUAAAUUAUAAUAACACCAUAUGACUUUUAAUAUACUAAUAAAAAUUCUUAUUAAACCUAA